GCGGCUCCGCUCUGCUCAGUGCAGCUCCGCAUCCCGAGCGCGUGAGGAGAGAGAUGGCACGAGCUGUGUGUUUCCGCUGUGAGUGUUCCGGUCGCUGCGCGCGGACAGGAGCGACAUGACCGGAAACAGCAGCAGGAGCCGCGGGGCGGGGGGAGGAGGAGGAGGAGGUGGUGGGGGGCGGCCGCUGUUCCUCCGCGCGCUGUUCGUUCCUGUUUACGGCGCGCUGUUGGCCGCGUGCGCGCUCUGCUACGGGAACUCGCUGCGGGGGGAGUUCGUGCACGACGAUGUGUGGGCCAUCGUGAACAACCCGGACAUGCGGCCCGCUUCCAGCCUGCGCAGCAUCUUCACCAACGACUUCUGGGGCAAAAGGAUGGCCGACAACACGAGCCACAAGUCCUACCGGCCGCUCUGCGCGCUCACCUUCAAGAUGAACAUUGUACUCGGUGGGAUGACUCCGUUUCAUUUCCACAUGGUGAACGUGUGUCUGCACUGCGCCGUCACUGCCCUUCUGAUGCACACGUGUAAACACUACGUGUUCGAGGACGGACGCCUGGCCUUCCUCACUGCGCUCCUCUUCGCCGUCCAUCCCAUCCACACAGAAGCAGUGUCAGGAAUUGUCGGGAGAGCAGACGUCCUGGCCUGUCUGUUGUUCCUUUUAGCCUUUCUCUCCUAUAUUAGGAGUGUGUCAGCAUGCCCUGUGUCUGACUUCUUCCCCUCCACGGUGUCUCCGUGCUCUCUGGUGCUCUGUCUGCUCCUGGGCACCAGUGCCAUGCUGGUCAAAGAGACGGGCAUCACAGUGUUCGGGGUGUGUGUGCUGUACGACGGCCUGGUGCUCUGCCGCAAGCCUCUGUUCUUGAAUCUCUCUCGGUCCAGGCUGAAGGAGCUAAUCCGAAUCUCUCGGCCCUUCAUCAAACGAGCGUGUGUGGUUUCUGUGUAUGUGCUGUUCAUCCUCUGUGCUCGCCUGUGGCUCAUGGGAGGUUCCAUGCCUCUAUUCUCCGAGCAGGACAAUCCAGCAUCUUUCUCACCUUUCCUCCUCACCAGGUUCCUCACGUACUCCUAUCUCCUGGCCUUUAACGCCUGGCUGCUCCUGGCUCCGAUAGUGCUGUGCUAUGAUUGGCAGGUGGGCAGCAUACCUUUAGUGGAGUCUCUGUGGGACUCGCGCAACAUGGCUGCCGUGAUGCUGGCGCUGGGAACGUUCGCUCUCUGCCUGCAUUGUGUCACAUCACUACAGAACAUGGAGGGCAGGGAGGUGCUGGUGGGAAUACUGUUCCUGGUCUUCCCUUUUAUCCCUGCCUCUAAUCUGUUCUUCCGUGUGGGAUUUGUCGUGGCUGAGAGAGUCCUCUACAUGCCCAGUAUGGGUUACUGCAUUCUGGUGGUGCACGGGCUGAACCGGCUGUGUGCCCUGUUGAGCCGUUGGGGUGCAGCGGCACUCACCGUCUCCAUGCUGCUGCUGCUGCUCCUCUUCUCCUGGAAAACUGUGCAGCAGAACGAGACCUGGCUCUCUCGAGAAGCCCUCUUCAGGUCUGGUAUUCAAACAUUACCUCACAAUGCAAAAGUUCACUACAACUACGCCAACUUCCUGAAGGACAAAGGACAAAACCAGGCAGCUAUUCACCACUAUAAAACAGCCCUCAGGCUGUACCCUCGGCAUGCCAGUGCCAUGAACAACCUGGGCACACUGACUCACAACACAAAGGAGGCGGAGCUGUACUACAGAAAAGCUCUUGACAUUAACCCCCAACACAACCGUGCACUCUUCAACCUGGGCAACCUUCUCAAGUCACAGGGGAAGGAGGAAAAAGCUGAGCACAUGCUCAAGGAAUCGAUUCGCUUUGGACCCCAGUUUGCUGACGCUUACUCCAGUUUAGCCUCGCUCUACGCUGACCAGAAGCGGUUCACAGAAGCGAAUGAGAUUUACACAAAGGGCAUUGAGAAUUGUCCGGACAGUUCUGACCUCCACAACAACUACGGCGUGUUCCUCGUGGACACGGGUGAUGGCGAGCGAGCGGCCGUUCAUUACCAGCACGCCGUGCAGCUGAAGCCCUCUCACUACGUUGCCAUGGUGAAUCUGGCCCGUCUGCUGCGCUCCUCUAACGGUAGCAAAGAGGCCGAGAUCUGGUAUAAACGGGCACUGCAGGUGGUGCGUAAGGUGGAUAUCCUGACUCCUCUGGGAGCGCUAUACUAUAACACGGGCCGCUAUGAGGAGGCUCUGCAGCUGUACCGAGAGGCCGCGACGCUGCAGCCAGACAACCAGGACAUCUGGCUCGCUCUGGCUCAGGUGUUGGCGAUGGCAGGCCGCGCAAAAGAAGCUGAAAAAAUGACCCUGGGUAUCAUUUCAAAAAGCAACAGCUGUAUAGAGUGUUACCGCCUGCUGUCUGCGAUCUACAGCAAGCAGGGAAACUACACUGAGGCACUGGAUGCUUUAGAUAGAGCGCUGCAGCAGGAGCCAAUGGACCCCGCAGUGAAAGCGGAGCUUCACUUCUCCAUGGGCAACCAACUCCGGGAGAUGAAUGAGCUAGACAGAGCUUUUGAGAGCUAUAAACUUGCUGUUGCGCUCAAGCCUGACCAAUCACAAGCUUGGAUGAACAUGGGGGGAAUACAGCACAUCAAGGGAGAUUAUGUAGCAGCACGAAUGUACUACCAAAAAGCUCUCCUGCUCUCUCCUGGCUCCAAGCUGCUGAAGGAGAACCUGGCCAAGCUGGACAGACUGGAGAAGAAACUGCAGGGAGGAUAAAGGAGCCUUUAAAAUCCAAACGGGAGAUUACUUCACUGAAGAUUUGCAGAGUCGAUACACAGAGAGAGAGAUUCUGAGCCGAUUCCUCAAAAAGCACCUUCUGUAAUCAACGGUGCUGGAAAAUAAAUCUAUAAAAGGAGAUCCAGGGUGAACCUGAAGGAUCCACACCGCAAUAGCACGGCAGAGUUUGGUGUAUCAUAUAGUAGCCUCGUUGACUCGCUGUAUCUUUAGCUUUAUCUGAUCUCUAUAUCAGAACCCGAGAACAUUUUGAUGGUCCUCUGCAAAAACAUGCAUCUCACUAAUCUGCACGUCUCGUAUUCAAGGAGCUUUCAUCCAAACCUCCAGUUCACUGACUUCAGAUCAACAGAACAGCAGCUCUCGGAGCUGGAUUGCUCCCUGAAUGUGUUCUGUGAACAUGACGCCAUUCUGUAUUUGACGCAAAGAUCCGGAAAUGCUUCGUGUUUCGCUUUUUUUUUUUAAAUCCGUGAUUAUACGACUGACUUUGAGUUGUGUUUAAACUUGCAUAGGUUAAAAUAAACGACGGGGUCAUUUUCUAUGCCAAGAAUGUCACGUUUAUUCUAUUGAGUUAUUUUAACAUUUUCCUUUUUUUUUUUUCGUGAAAGUUAUUCUCAAUGUGGAAAACCCAGAAUGACAAACAUCAUAGUAAUGAACUGUGCAACACUUUUCAUUUCAGGCUCUUCUUUUUGUGCCUACUAACAAUGACUGUUUAAAUGAUAUCACAAUGAUACGAUGCGCUUUAUGAUACUUGUGUUUCAUCCAUGUUUAGUCCUGAUCAUAAUUUCAUAAAUGAUUCCUUCAUAUUCUUUCAGUGUCAUGAAAAACCUUCAGGACUAGCAGUGUGUUUCAUGUCGCUACAGAAACCUGUGUGAAAUCAUAUUCCUUUAUUUAAUAAAGAAUAUCUGAAAUGUA